GACAGGUGACAGGCAGGCAGGCGGUGGGUUAGCGAAUUAGUUGGCUGCCGAACGGGAACGCGAGCAGAGAGCAGAUGUGAAAUCGGUGCCUCGAGUGAUCGGCGGAACAAUUAGAUCUUAGCAGGGACCCCAGCCAAGUGAUAUAUUCAAAGAGCAAACAAAUUCCAAAAAUUUGAACGUCGAUUUCGAAAUGUUUGCCAAACAAAAGUUAAGCCAAAAAAGUAAUCAGUAAACAGGCGCCGUGUGUGUGUGAGAAACGACGUAAGCACAACAAACCAUCCGCAGGAACUACGUGAGUUGUGCGCCAGAGUUGUCAUAAGGUGUUGAGCGUGCGUGAUUGCGAUGAUGCCGUUUUGUAGAACGAUCCGUUCAUUAUAAUAAUUCGCAACCAGCAUAUUUGAGCACAAUAAAGGGCACUCCUGACUCGCUCACAUCCAAUACGAACGCAACCAGAUCUCUUCCACUCCAAUCUAGCCAAUAAAUUCAAAAAGCGCUUCCAAUAUCAAGAGACAAGUGGAAUCCAUAAAUAAUCGCCGCCGUCAUGCUACUAAUCCGGAAAGCAGUCACCUCCGUCGCCUUCUGUGCGAUAUUGUUGCUACUACUUUAUGUGAAGUCGGCAACGUUAGCAUUAACAUCAUCCGUUCAUAAUGCAGAUGACAUUGCAUCACAAUCGAAUGCACUGAUCAACAGCACAAGCCGGUUAUCCAGCAGCGAUCAAAUGCACAGUCGGAGAGUUCGGGAUGUCGAAAAUAUAUUUGACGAUGAAGAUGAAGCCAAGGUUUUGAAGAUCGGUCCUGAAGAGGAAAGCUUAAAAGUCUGUUCAGAGGGCCUCGUUCUGCCCCUGUGGAUGCCACAAAAGAAUAUCAGUCUUGGCGAUCGUGCCAUCCGCGGCUUUGUCUACUUUCUGCUAUUGGUCUAUCUAUUUGUGGGUGUAUCCAUUAUAUCCGAUCGGUUCAUGGCCUCCAUUGAGGCCAUCACCUCUAUUGAACGGACGGUGACCAUCAAGGGACCCAAGGGUGAGAAGCAGACGAUAAGUGUUCGCAUUUGGAAUGAAACUGUGGCGAAUCUGACACUCAUGGCUCUUGGAUCGAGUGCACCAGAGAUUCUAUUAUCCGUGAUUGAGAUCUAUGCGAAGAAUUUCGAGAGCGGUGAUCUUGGACCGGGUACAAUUGUUGGCUCGGCUGCUUACAAUCUGUUUGUUAUCAUUGCCCUCUGCAUGGUUCUAAUCCCACAAGGAGAGAAGCGUCGCAUUCGACAUUUGAGAGUCUUUAUGGUCACAGCCACCCUAUCGAUUGUUGCCUACGUCUGGCUCUGGGCUAUACUCUCCGUUAUAUCACCCGGCAUCGUCGAAGUGUGGGAGGGAUUAAUUACGCUCAUCAUGUUCCCGGCCACCGUUUUGUGGGCCUACAUUGCGGAGCGUCGCCUGCUCGUCUACAAAUAUAUCGAUAAGAACUAUCGGAUGAAUCAGCGUGGUACAGUUGUUGCCGGAGAGCACGAUGCCGUCGAGCUUGGUCCGGACGAUUCAAAGAAUAUGACUGCCUUUCAGUCGGAGACGAAUGCUUAUGAUGAGGCGCGCAGGGAGUAUAUAAUGCUGUUAUCGGAACUCCGACAAAAAUACCCCGAUGCCGAUCUGGACCAACUAGAAAUGAUGGUCCAGGAGCAAAUGAUUUCGCGUGGCAACAAAUCGCGUGCCUUCUAUCGCAUUCAGGCCACACGCAAGAUGAUUGGCAGCGGGAAUCUAAUGCGUAAGAUUCAGGAACGUGCCCACAACGACAUUAGCCAGGUGAAGGCGCAACUCCAUCAGUACAGCGAUGACGAUGAAGAACCCACACGCAUUUACUUCGAACCGGGUCACUAUACGGUCAUGGAGAACUGUGGUGAGUUUGAGGUGCGUGUCGUGCGACGUGGAGAUAUCUCUGGCUACUCGAAGGUCUCGUUUGAGACACAGGAUGGCACCGCUUCGGCUGGAUCCGAUUAUGUGGGCAAGAACGGUGAGCUCACCUUUCCACCCGGCGUCGAUGAGCAACGCUUCAAGAUCGAGAUCAUCGACGAUGACAUCUUCGAGGAGGAUGAAUGCUUCUAUAUACGGCUGUUCAAUCCAUCCGAAAAUGUCCAUCUCGUUGUGCCACAGAUUGCCACAGUGAUGAUACUCGAUGAUGACCAUGCGGGCAUCUUUGCAUUCAGCGAAUCCAUGAAUGAGAUCACCGAAUCCAUUGGCAUCUACGAUCUGACUGUUAUGCGUUAUUCUGGCGCCCGCGGCACCGUCAUUGUCCCCUAUUGGACGGAGGAUGAAACGGCAGUGGGAGGAAAGCAUUUUGGAUCUGUAAGCGGCGAGCUAAUCUUUGAGAACAAUAUCUCUGAGCAACAUAUAUCCAUACCCAUAUUGGAGGAGAGCAGCUACCAGAAGGAUGUGAAAUUCAAGGUGCACAUUGGCGAGCCGCAACUGGCGCCAGAUGAUGAACUCUUAGCCCAAAUCAAGGAGGUGGAAGAGAAGCCAGUGAAUGAACUGACCGAAUUGGAGCGCAUUUUGUUGCUGAGCAAGCCCCGAUGCGGAGAACUAACUACCACAACCAUACGCAUUCGUGAGAGCCAGGAAUUCAAGGCUACUGUGGACAAGCUCGUAGCCAGGGCCAAUGUAUCAGCUGUGCUGGGGACCUCCUCCUGGAAGGAACAGUUCAAGGAUGCGCUCACCGUGGUGCCAGCUGAUGAGAGUGAAAUAGAUAACGACGAUGAUGGUGAAGAGGAUGUUCCCAAAUGCUUCGACUAUAUCAGCCAUUUCGUUUGCCUAUUCUGGAAGGUCUUAUUUGCAUUUGUGCCGCCCACAGAUAUAUGCGGUGGUUAUGUCACCUUCGUAGUUUCAAUCACCGUCAUUGGCGCUCUCACUGCCCUUAUUGGAGAUGCAGCCACCUAUUUUGGCUGUGUGCUCAAUAUCAAGGACUCUGUUACGGCCAUUUGCUUUGUGGCCCUGGGCACCAGUAUACCAGAUACAUUUGCCAGCAUCAUUGCCGCCAAGCAGGACGAUACCGCCGAUAAUUGCAUCGGAAAUGUGACUGGCAGCAAUGCGGUCAACGUGUUCCUGGGCAUUGGACUGGCGUGGUCCAUUGCAUCAAUCUAUCACAUGGCCCAUGGCACAACCUUCAAUGUGGAACCGGGCACCAUUGGCUUCGCGGUGGCGCUUUUCUGUUGCCAGGCAAUCCUUGCCGUUUGCGUGAUGAUGUAUCGGAGAUUUAACAAAAAUAUUCGUUGCGAACUUGGUGGACCCGUUACUGCGAAAUGGAUACAUGCAUCGAUUUUGUUCGCCCUGUGGGUUAUGUAUCUGCUCAUGAGCACACUGGAGGCUUACGAUGUCAUUUUGAUUUAAGCAGCUUUCCCCCACACCCUGCAGAAUAUAUAUCUAUAAAAGAAACAAUUUUUUAAAACAAUGAAAAUACACACACACAACCACAAACACACACACACAUUUUUAAUAGCUGUAGCGAAGCUGUAACAAUAAUCAAAUUGCAUAAGCGAAAGUUUUAUUUAUAAACAGAUUGAGCUAUAUUAUAAUAACAUAUAUUUAAUGCUAUAUGCUGUAUGUGUAAACAAAUAUUUAUGUAUGUUAUUAUGAUAUAUAAAUAUUGAUAUAGUUAUGUAAAAUUUAUGUUAAUAUUAAAAAUUAUAAUGUUUAAUUAGUUUCUAGAUGUGGCUUUUUUUAAAGGAGUUUAAUUCAAUUAUAUUAUAUUGAUUAGAUAAUUAAUGCUUAUAUGUAAAUACAAGAAAGGCUGCCAGGGCUCAGCAAACAAGCAACGUGAUCAUUCAUAAUUAUUACAUAAAUACAUGCAUACAUAUAUACAUAUAUAUAUUAUGUCAUUUACAAUAUACGAUAUAUACAACAUACGAUAUUUACGAUAUUUACGAAUUGUGUAUGUGUUAUAUCAUUCUUAAUUGCAAUUUAAGUCAUUAUUAUUAUUAUCAUUGUUGUUUGUUAUAGCUGUACUUAAUAUCUAUUUAUAUAUAUAUACAUACAUAUAACUGAUAAAUUGUCUCUCCAUUAAUUGUCACAAUCAGCCAUUGUUAAUUUAAUACAUGUGUAAGCCCUAGAGAACUGCUAUUCUUUAAAUAUAAAACAACAAAAACCAAAACAAAUUUCAGCUCACGAGCUAGCUACUUAUUACAACAGGAACUAUAACUAGUCAACCGCACUUUUAGACAAAAAACAACUGUUUCCACUGCAUAUGUAGAGAGCAAACUAAAUUUAAACUCAACUAAAACUAAUACACAACACAACUCAAACUCCGACCAAUCGAAAAGCGGCACUUUUAGUACGACCAUCAGUGUUAUUUACACUGCACUACAUGAAAUCUACUUACUUGAAAGACUUUCUCUUUACUUUGUCACCUAUUGAAAUGAUAGAUAAUUAAAAAACAACAAGAAGAAUUAAAGGAUUAAGACAUAACACCAAAAGUUUGUUAAACGAAUGUAUUUUUUGU